AUGUCCUACAAUUACGGACCCCCUCCCCCGGCUCCUCCGCCCGCACCCCCGAACGAUGGCCCCGGCGGUUAUUCCUCGUACGGCCCUCCUCGAGGUGGUCACAGCGGUAGAGGUCGCGGCGGCCCUGAUCGCGGCGGUUAUCAUCAACCACACCCAGCACACCAGCCGCACCAACCGCAUCAACCGCACCCAGGCUAUGGCUAUGGCCAGCAGCCCGCCUACGGAACUCAGAGCCCUGCACCUUACGCCGGCCCCCCUGCCCAACCCGGCUACCCCCAGCCUCAGCAACAGGCAUGGCAUCCCGAGCACGGGCAGCAACAUCCUCCGCAAAACGCGCCGCACGCUCCUUUGCCUCCACAGAAUUACCACCCGAAUUAUGCCCCUCAAAUAUACCAGCAACAACCAGCCUACAGCGGCCAGCCCCCGUACCAACCGGCCCCUCAACCUCCCUAUGGCCAGGCUUAUCCGGCCCCGGGCCCGCACAAUGGUCCCCCGGCUCAGCAGUGGGGAGCUCAUCCACAGCAACCUCCGGCCCACGGUACAUAUGGCGGCGGCGGUGGACGUGGCGGCCGUGGCGGCUACAAUGAUCGAGGGGGACCAAAGGGGGCAGAUGAUGGGCCCUCCGAUUCGCAUGGGCGGCCCUCCUGCCCCUCCGGCGUCGUAUCCUGCCCCUUCCGAGCUACCCGCAAACCGGCACCCUAUGCGCCCACCCCGCCGUUUGAUGGCCAUUCUGGUGGUUCGCGCCAUCACGGCCGCGGCGGUUUCCACCACAACAAGUCUCGCCCUCAGUUCGGAGGUGACAAGAACCGCGGCCGCAACCACAACCAUAACAAGGACCGGCGGCUCAGACACCUCCCACCCCGCAUCCGAAGCCUGACGCUGCAUCGGCCGGCAAGAAGAAGAAGCCAGCGCAUCACCCUCAAUGACAAGGACCAGGAAGAUCUCGCUAUUGUCGAGACCCUCAAGUACCUUCAGGACAAGGGUGUCAUUCCCAAGAAGCCAGGCGCCGAGGCCUCGAACGAGCAGCCCGAGGAGGACACGGGGGCUAACGCGGAGCUGCCUGCCACAAACGGUGGAUCUAGCAAUGGCCUGCCUCCGAUUCCGCCACCGCCCUCCUCGGACAACAACGGCAACACGACCAAGUACCCCGGUUGGAAUAUGAGCGGUUUCGGGAACACAGGUGUCAGGCCGAGCGAGUAG